CAAAUGGACAGUCGCCAUGAUCCUCGUCACACUCGUCCUCGUGUGGUCCGAGCUGGCCCGCUGGUGGCGCGGCGUCGAGACGCACACCUUCGCGGUCGAAAAAGGCGUCGGCCACAGCCUGCAGAUCAACCUGGACAUGGUGGUACGCAUGGCAUGCAACGACCUGCACAUCAACGUGCAGGAUGCCUCAGGCGACCGUAUCCUGGCCGGAAACAAGCUGAAGCGCGAGAGUACCAUGUGGACACACUGGGUCGACAAGAAGGGCACGCACAAGCUCAACAGGGACGAGCAGGGCCGCAUCGUUACCGGCGAGGGCUGGGUGGCCAUGCACGGCCACGACGAGGGCUUUGGCGAGGAGCAUAUCCAUGAUAUCGUCAGGCUGGGCACCAAGAGGGCCAAGUGGGCCAAGACUCCCAAGGUCAAGGGCGGCGCCAACAAUGCAGACUCGUGCCGUAUCUUUGGGAGCCUGGACCUGAACAAGGUGCAGGGUGAUUUCCACGUCACUGCCCGUGGCCAUGGGUAUCUCGAGUUUGGGGAGCAUCUGGAUCACAGCAAUUUCAACUUCUCCCACAUUGUUAACGAGCUCUCCUUCGGCGGCUUCUACCCCUCUCUCGAAAACCCCCUCGACCGCACCGUCAACAUCGCCGCGAACCACUUCCACAAGUUCCAAUACUUCAUGUCCAUCGUUCCCACGAUCUACAGCGUCGGCCCCGCGAGCCCCUACAACGCCGACACGUUGUUCACCAACCAGUACGCCGUGACGGAGCAGAGCCACGAAGUCAGCGAAAACAUCUUCCCCGGCGUCUUCUUCAAGUACGACAUCGAGCCCAUCCUCCUGCAGAUCGAGGAGUCGCGCGACAGCUUUGUUGUCUUCAUCGUCAAGGUCAUCAAUAUUCUCAGUGGAGCGCUGGUGGCGGGCCACUGGGGGUUUACGCUGACCGAGUGGGCCAGAGAGACCUGGGGAAAGAAGAGGAGAAGAGCAAACACCGGCAUGAUUGGAUUCGAGAAGGGUUCGUAUGAAGACUGAGCGGCGAGGCAGAGAAGGGGAGAUUUUGGUCAGUGGUGGAUUUGCUAUCCUCUGUUUUUGGGGGGAGGUUUGUAUAAUGUCUUGCAUUCCUGAAUAUACCAUUUUCUGGCAUAUAUAGAACAGGCACUGGCGCAGGUCAUAAAAAAUUCUGAUUACCAUGAUUUAACUUC